UCGGGCAGAGGAAAAAGGAAGGGUGAAUAAAGAGUUAAGAAGAGAAUGGAGUGACAAACAGAAAGACACCAAGUGGCGUGGCCUGCUAGAAUAGAAUGAUAUCUAUGAAUAGACUCCUCUCUCUCAUCAAAUCGGAAUUGCUAUUGUCUCUUUGAUUCCUUUGUAUCGUCCUGAGAGGGUCAACAGGGACGGCCAUGACCCAAACCCUCUCUUUCUCUCUCCAUCGUUCUUUAUCGCCUGCGCAGAAAAACCCUAGAAAUUAACCAACCAACCAAUCCUCUAUUCUCCAUUCCCCGAUUUUUCUUUUUGUAUUUAAAUUUUGGUUCAAUCGCCAACCCCUCCCUCGAAGUCAACGCGGGAGCCCCUCAAUCAGGUUUCGAAAAGCUCGAUCUAUGUCAUCCGAGAUCGAGGUCGUCGAGGAGGUGCAGUCGCGCGAUGAGCAAUCGCUGGCGUCGGGAGGCGGCGAUGCCGUGCCGGAUGAGAGCCUCCGGAACGACGUCUACACGGCGGCGUCGUACGGGGAUUUGGAGAAGCUGAAGAGAUUGGUGGAGGAAGAGGGUUGCCCCGUCACCGAGCCCGAUGGGUUGGGUUACUACGCGCUUCAGUGGGCUGCACUCAACAAUUGGACUGCCGUUGCUCAGUACAUCAUUGAGCAUGGGGGCGAUGUAAAUGCAAAGGAUCAUACUGGCCAGACGGCCCUACAUUGGAGUGCAGUUCGGGGUGCUAUCCAGGCUGCAGAGCUUUUACUUCAGGAGGGUGCUCGAGUGAGUGCUGCCGAUAUGAAUGGUUAUCAGACAAUCCAUGUUGCUGCACAAUUUGGUCAGACGGCUUUCCUUUACCACGUUGUUUCAAAAUGGAACGCUGACCCUGAUGUCCCUGAUAAUCAUGGAAAAAGCCCCUUGCAUUGGGCUGCUUACAAAGGGUUUGCCGAUUGUAUACGUCUUUUGUUAUUUCUUGAUGCACAUAGGGGACGUCAAGAUAAAGAGGGUUGCACUCCUCUUCAUUGGGCUGCUAUUAGGGGGAACUUGGAGGCCUGUACUGUGUUAGUGCAGGCUGGCAAGAAGGAAGAUCUAAUGUUGGCUGAUUAUACAGGCCUUACACCAGCACAACUUGCUUCUAAUAAGAAUCACAGACAAGUUGCUUUUUUCCUUGGGAAUGCCCGAAGGCUGCUUGACAAACGCUGUGAUGGGAACAGCCGUCUUGGAAGAAUUUCUAAAUUAGGACUUGCGCCCAUCCUUUGGUGCAUAAUUUUUGUGCUCUUGGUUACUUAUAUUCAUUCGGUCAUCUUGGCGACAAAAUUGCCAAAGCUUACAGCUGCAGCUGGUCUUCUUGCAUGGUUUGGAGUUUUGCUUGCAACUGUUGGUUUGGUUAUGUUUUACAAGUGUAGCUUUAAGGAUCCUGGUUAUAUUAGAAUGAACAUGCGUGACACUCAGGAUUCAAAAGAUGAUGAGCCUCUUUUGAAGAUUGAGAUAAACAAUCCUGCUUUACUUGCUGGAAACUGGUCCCAGCUUUGUGCAACAUGCAAGAUUGUCAGGCCUCUUCGAGCAAAACACUGUUCUACCUGUGACCGUUGUGUGGAACAAUUUGAUCAUCAUUGUCCCUGGGUGUCUAAUUGCAUCGGCAAGAAGAACAAGUGGGAUUUCUUUGCUUUUCUUAUUCUUGAAGUUUCAGCUAUGUUGGUUACUGGUGGAGUUUGUCUUACAAGAGUGUUAAGUGAUCCACUUGCACCUCAUUCAUUUGGGGCUUGGAUUCAUUAUGUUGGUAAGAAUCACCCUGGUGCAAUAUCAUUUCUAAUAGCCGAGUUUUUCAUCUUCCACGGUGUGUUUGCUUUGACUGUUGUGCAGGCUAAUCAGAUAUCUCGCAAUAUUACCACAAAUGAGAGGGCAAAUGCAAUGCGUUAUAGUUACCUCAGAGGUCCAGGCGGUAGAUUUAGAAACCCCUAUGAUCAUGGGAUCAAGAAAAACUGUUCUGAUUUUUUGAUCAAUGGUUACAAUGAAGAUGUGGAGUGCAUUGAAGAAACAGGUCAGUCAGAGGAAGGUACAGGAAUGAUGAACAUUGCAAGAAGCUCAAACUUGACAAAUGGAGAGUCGCAUACCCGUGGUCAUGGAAAUGGACAGUAUGUCAUUAAUGUGAAUUCCAACAGUACAAAUUCCAAAACACAUAAUGGUCAUGUUCAUUCUUCACAUUGUAGCCAUAAUAACCAUGGCAAAACCAGGAACUUCAGUGCUCCCUUGGGCUUAGGUCUUGGACUUGGACGGAACAGCAGAUCUGUUACACCCUCCUCAUCGUGAUAUUCAUUUCUUGGUGAAAUUAACCUGUAAUGUAUUUAUAGGCACAUGUCUGGUUGGUUGGUUGGUUGGUUGGUUUACUUUUUUUAUUUUUUAUUGGCAACAAAGAUUGAAUAAAUAAAGAAGUACUUGGAUACUUCCACCCUUUUACAAAAGCAUAAAUCAAUAAAUCCUAACUCAAGACCAUAA